AUGCCCUCUCUCGUAUCUCCCCCUCCCAAUCUGUUUUCUAGCUUUAAAAUUAAUUUGUUCAUUCACCAUAUCUAUAGGUUUGUUGGGGCUGAAAAUUAUGAAAAAUUUGAUUGUAAAAAUGAAAAGAUGUCCUAUAAUUGGCAAAUUUUAAAUAAAAGUGCAGGAAAAAUAAUUGAGGAAGUUGGAAAAGAAUUUGAUUGCAAACAUAUGAAUAUUUUAAAUAAAUAUAAAUUAACAAAUCAAAUUAAAUUGCCGAAUAAUUAUAAAGCAACAGAACCAGGAGAUAAAGAAGAUAGUGCUGUUUUUGUGACAGCUUCAGAUGCUAAACAAAUAGAUGCACUUAUUUCAUUAAUUGGUUCAAUUAAACACAGAUUUGGGACAAAGCAAAGAAUUAUUGUAUACGAUCUUGGGGGAAUUUUAUUAAAUGCUAAAAUGGUUGGUUAG